UUUGCGUUUCAAAACGCACUUCAAAUUUCCGACCUCAAGCCAAGUAUGAGCUCGGUGCUAUAAACGGCCCAUGUUGACAGGCUGCUCGUCCGGGUGUCGUGCCUCUCUGUCGCUCUUUCGCGCGAGAUACGGAUUCUGUUCCGUUCUCGGGCUGGUCAGUUACCAAGAAGAGGAGUGCGAAGAAAGAAGCAAGAAGAACCCCGUAUUAUCCUCCCCCGUUUCCCCGAAUUAUCCUCGCCACGAAUGAAAGGGGGUGUAUCGCGAUUAGAUCCGCGGUCGAGUUGACAAAAAGCAAAGCAGCCAGGAUACGGCGGCGACGAUUAACACGCUGCGAAAUCAACGACCCACCCGAGCCCUCCUCGGGGCUGUGCUGGAACGGAGUGAAGUGUGUGGUGAAAAGGUCGCUGCGGCUCCCCGUUUGAUCCCCAUAAAGCAAAAGUGCCGAAGACGGCUUCUUCAGGAUGAGCGAUUUUCUGAAAUCGGCCAUGAGCUACUUCAACACCGCCCCUUCGAACGGGCUGGACAACGAAUUCGUGGGACAAACGGUUGAGGUGGCGAAUGUGAAGUUGCGUAUCAAGCGUGUCAUAGCGGAAGGUGGGUUCGCCUAUGUAUUCGUGGCCCAGGAUGUACAAUCGGGUACGGAGUACGCGCUGAAGCGAUUGCUCGGUACGGACAAGGAGGAAUGCAACAACAUCAUACGGGAAAUCAACGUCCACAAGCAGGUUUCCGGGCACCCGAAUGUGGUCAAGUUUGUGGCUGCCACCUUCAUCGACCGUACGCAGACAGCCAACGCGCAGCGACGGGCCGAGUAUCUGCUGGUGUCGGAGCUAUGCAAGGGAGGCUCACUGUACGACUGCCUGGAGCAGGAUCUCGCUCCUGAAACGGUACUGCGCGUGUUCUAUCAGGCUACCAAAGCAGUCGCACAUCUGCACAGUCAAUCGAAACCAAUUAAUCAUCGCGAUAUUAAGAUUGAGAAUUUUCUGAUCGGAAGCGAUGGGCUGCUGAAGCUGUGUGAUUUCGGUUCCGCAUCGACCGACAGCUACGCACCGGACGUAACCUGGAAUGCACAGCAACGGGACACAUUGGAAGAUGCGUUAACACGCUGCACAACACCCAUGUACCGUGCCCCGGAGCAACUGGACACGUGGGCAAACUAUCCGAUCGGCAUUAAGAUGGAUGUGUGGGCGCUUGGUUGCGUGCUGUAUCUACUAUGCUACCGCAAGCACCCGUUCGAGGAUUCGGCCAAGCUGCGUAUCAUCAACGCUAACUACACCAUCCCGAACGAUAGCCGGUACGCGUGCUUCAGUGAAACGAUCCGCGGGUGCCUGCAGGUUGACCCGAACCAGCGCUUCGAUACGGCAACCGUGCUGGAGCGUUUGGCGGCGAUUGCUGAAACGAAAGGUUGGCCACUGAAGGCACCGCUUGGGCUGUCUGGUAAACCGUUAAACUCUCCACCUUCCGGUGUGACCCCGUCACCUAGUCCGGUUCAUCGAGUAUCCAAUGGUGGUGGUGGUGGUGGUGUUGGAGCAGCACCGGAAAGACCGGCACCUCCACGACCGACCGUUGGUCCACCACCGGGUGGUGCAGUUCCGGUGGGACCCGAUGGUACUCUGAACAAAAACAAGUACCCGCAGCGACCACCCGAUCCCGUGCGUGUGACAGUGAGUGGCGCAGCAGCGCAUGGAGGCAUGGUACCACCUUCGCAUCACAUCGGGGGACCAGCGUACGGACAACCAGCCGGCUCAGGUGGUGUUGUGGGCGGUGGUGGCCUGUUCUCUUCGAUUAAGGGAGGAGCAGGCAGCUUCUUGAAGAACCUGAAGGAUACCUCUUCGAAGGUGAUGCAAACCGUACAGCAGAGCAUUGCUCGGACCGAUCUCGAUUUGAGCUACAUUACGCAGCGCAUCCUGGUGAUGCCCUGUCCAUCGGAGGGCCUCGAGUCCACAUACCGGACGAACAACAUCGAAGAUGUGAAGGUGUAUCUGGAUACGCGCUAUCAACCGACUAAGCUCAGUGUGUACAACCUGGGGCCACGGAGUAGUCCGCGUAUGCCACCACCGGUGCGCACGGUCGAGGCGGGUUUCAUCUAUGCUCCGGUUCCUCCGUCCAGUACGGGUUCUGGUAAGGCACCGCUGCUCACCGGUCUGUACUCGCUGGUGGAAGACAUCUACGGGUUUUUGAGCGCUGACCCGAAAACUAUUGUCGUCAUUCAAAGCCCAGAUAGUGGUCGUGCCUUGGCGGCAACCGUGGUCUGCGGGUUACUGAUCUAUGCCGGGCUCGUUACGGAGCCAGAAGAUGCGAUGCAAAUGUUUGCGAUCCGACGAACGCCACCGAAUAUGCGUCCUUCGGAACUGCGGUAUCUGUACUAUCUGGGGGAUAUAGUGCGAUCGAUCCCGCAUCUGCCGCACUACAAACCGGUCACGCUCGUCUCGCUAGCCGUCGCACCGGUUCCGCGCAUGACGAAGGCACGCGAUGGUUGUCGGAUGUACGUGGAGGUGGCAACGGCCGAUCGAACGGUGUUCUGUACGCUGCAGGAUUACGAACGAAUGAGGCUUUACCAUUCGUCCGAGGGCAAGAUCGCUCUGGCAAUGAAUGUGACCGUGUGUGGUGAUGUGACGAUCAGUUUGUACCACGCACGGAACGCACUGGGUGGUAUAGGACGGCCUCAAGGUAUCCGCAUAUGCCAACUUCAGUUCCACACGGGCUACAUUCCGGAGGAGGAAACAUUGAUUAACUACGAUCGAUCGGAACUGGAUGAGGUACCGGAUUUGGAGCACGUACCGCAAAAGUUUUCCGUCGCGUUAAGCGUGUUCGUCGGUGAUUCGGAGCGUCCGCCUGCUUCUCAGCCACCAUGGCGAUCGACGAAAGCAUCCCGUGAUCCGAAGAUUCUGUUCGCCACCCAGCUCGAGUACGAGGAGAAUGUCGAUAAUUUCAUCACUAAACCGAGCAGCAAACCAGCAGCUAGUGCAGCGAAACCACCACCGCCUCGCCCUGCACCACCUUCUCCGCAACCUGCCCACCGGUCCGUUGCAGGGUACGGUGAAGCGCACGAGGUGAUCGCCGAUCGAGAAGCUGAUCUACUGAAUCUGAACAAAUCUGGUCAGGGAUCAACGGGAACAGGUGUAGUCGAGCAGCAGCAGCAACAACAGGAACUUCACCACCCAGUCGAACGGCCUUCGAAUGUAGAGGAAUCGUUCGAUCUUCUCGGAGGGCUAUCACCUCCGGUUGUCAAUGCACCUGCAACCGCAGUGACUGAGUCCACGGUUGGCAACGCUACUGCUACCAAAUCAGCGGUCUUGGAUGACAUUUUCGGUGCUUUCGAGGGUGUUGGACCAGCAGUCGGAGGAGCAACGCUAACAGCCACCAAGUCUAGCAGUGAUCUGAACGGAUUAAACUUGAACUUUGAUCACUUUGGUGGUGUUGCACAGCCAGCGGCUGGACCUACGGCUGGUAGUGGGCCGUUCAGUAAUGGUUCGCAGACGGACGUCAAUGCACCGAAUGCAAAUAAUAGUUUCGGGUUCGAUGCUUUUGCUGGUGUAGGUCCACAGGUGUUCUACAACAGUGCUCCUACUCCCAUGGCACAGCAGUCUCAGCAACAGGCGACGCAGCAAUCGAAAGAUCCAUUCGCAGACAUUGGCAAUCUGACGGCUGGGUUAGUUGCAGGAUCAACAGCUAAUGCCGCUGGAGGUGGUAGCGGUGGUGCUGGAUGGGGUAGUAAGGGUGGGAUGCCCUCAGCGACGACUCCGAGCCCUCGUUCAACUCAAUUCUCCAGUCCUACGCAUCACUUCAGUGGCGCUAGUACGGCUAACCCAUCGCCAAGAGCACCUUCGACACCGAACCAUCAGCAGCAGCAGAUGCGCAGCCCGAACGAGGGCCAGUCACAACGGCAACCCGAUUACAGCCGGUCGCACUUUGCUGAGCCGACGGCCAAGGGUACGACUCCGAACAAUGGUAAUGGUAGCAAUGGUAACGGGGCGACCGGUGGCCGUUCUGGAGACAUCUUCGGGGACAUUCUCGGUCAGCAGGGUUACUCGUUCGGCAGCUCGAAAAAUCAGGGCCCACGCACGAUCAAUGAUAUGCGCAAGGAGGAGCUCGUGAAGGAGAUGGAUCCAGAACGGUUGAAGCUGAUGGAAUGGACCGAGGGUAAGAAGAGCAACAUACGAGCACUGCUUUGCACCGUCCACACCGUUCUAUGGCCGGGUGCCAAAUGGACUAAAUGCGAAAUGCAUCAGCUGGUAACGGCGGCGGAUGUAAAGAAAAUUUAUCGCAAAGCCUGCCUAGCUGUGCAUCCGGAUAAGCACACUGGUACUGAAAAUGAAAGCAUGGCUAAGCUGAUCUUCAUGGAGUUGAACAAUGCUUGGACAGAGUUCGAGAGCGAUGCCAGCCAGCAGAAUCUUUUCGCCAAUUAGGUCGUCCGCCGUACUCUCGAUUAGAUCCGAAAGUACGAAAUAAGUUCGGCAAGGAACGGAACGUGUUCCGUUUGUUAAUCUACUACACCAACUCAUCACAUGCUUUGGACUGAUAUGGCUUGAAAGGGAGGUACCACAAAAUGAGAUUUUAAAACUGUUUUUUGUUUUAAACACAAUGCAAUCCAACCCCAUUUGUAGGGCUAUGAUAAUGGCUUUAGUGUGUGCGUGUGUGUGUAGAGGAUCAGAGGAGAUCGGUGUCGCGAAAAGAGAGCGAGAAAUUGAGCGAACGGGAUCUCGCUGGACCACCCUGAAUGCUUUCAAUCAAAGUAACCAUCGAAGUCGAUCGUUGGGCAGUUGAACAUCGACGAUCGAUCGUGUUAUCGACGAGUGUUGAAUUACACCCGUAAAAGGGCAAAGGAACUGAAGAAGAAACGCGACUGCUCUUAGAGGUAGACGAUCAUGUGAUAAUUUGUUCUUUCCUUAGGUCACCACUAUGACGCUUGUUGCAGGAAAUGCAUUUUGUAGUGCAUCACAGACGUAUAUAAACAUAUACAUUCUUUAUUUCCCUAUUUCUUACUUAGUUCAUAGCGUAUUUUUAAUUCCAUAUUUCAUAAGAGUAAAUUUAUGGGCUCUUCAGCUGCGUUGAAUAUGAGGAUUGCUUUACAUAUUUGAAUGAAGGUAGAGGGAGGUAUGGAUUAUUCAGAUGUUGAUGAAAUGAAUUGGAAAAUCCCAGGAAAAGGUGAUAUCGAAAGGAACGGUUAAAUUUUUGUGAUUUCAUGUGGCUCAUGUGGAUUUCAUGUGGUUGUAACGUUGGAAGGUAUAAAACAUUUUAUUCAAAAAUCCCAUCCGGCAAUGUUUUCUUUGAGAUUGAUGCCUCAAAAAUGCCUUUACGAAACGUAUUGCUGAUACUCUUACGUUUUGUUGCAGUAGCUUAAUGAUACAUCCGGAAACUUUAACCUUUGGA